AUGACACCCGUUCCACCCCAAGGGCCCUCAACAGGCACCCGUUCCACCCCAAGGGCCCUCAACAGGCACCCGUUCCACCCCAAGGGCCCUCAACAGGCACCCGUUCCACCCAAGGGCCCUCAACAGGCACCCGUUCCACCCCAAGGGCCCUCAACAGGCACCCGUUCCACCCCAAGGGCCCUCAACAGGCACCCGUUCCACCCCAAGGGCCCUCAACAGGCACCCGUUCCACCCCAAGGGCCCUCAACAGGCACCCGUUCCACCCCAAGGGCCCUCAACAGGCACCCGUUCCACCCCAAGGGCCCUCAACAGGCACCCGUUCCACCCCAAGGGCCCUCAAAACGCACCCGUUCCACCCCAAGGGCCCUCAACAGGCACCCGUUCCACCCCAAGGGCCCUCAACAGGCACCCGUUCCACCCCAAGGGCUCUCAACAGGCACCCGUUUCACCCCAAGUGCUCUCAACACACACCUGUCACACAUGGAACCAACCCAUAAAACUUGA